AUACUUAAAACCAAAAUGAGUAGAUUGACUAAUUUUAAAAAGUGGAAAAUUAAAAAGGGUAUUUUCGACCAUUUCCCUUCAAAAACCCUAACUCCCUUCCUUACUUUCCUUUCCUCCUUAUUUCUCCGUCUCCCAUUUUUACCGGGUGCCGCAUGGCCUCUCCGGCUCUCGCCGCCCAUUUUCCUUCAUAGCUUCAUCCUCUUUUGGGGCAUUUGUAGUUUCUCUCAUUCUUCUUCUCAACAAGUAACCAACAGAUACUUAUCGACUUCUUCUGAUAUUGUAUCAUCUCCUACAUCUGCUCCGUUGGCUUCUAAUGCUCUUCAGCUCAAGAAUAAACGGAAGGCUGUAAUUGCGUUACUUGCGGAUCAUGGAUUCUCUGAAUCACAAAUCUCUGACCUUGACAAGAGGUUUCCUCAAAUUCUUUCUGCGAACCCCGAGAAAAGUCUAUUGCCCAAACUGUUGUUUUUUCAAUCUAAAGGUCUUUCUUCCCCAGAGAUUGUCAAAUUAGUAUGUUCAUUUCCUCGUGUCUUAACAGGAAGUUUAGACAAACGAAUUAUCCCAGCCUUCGAUUACAUUCAAGCGGUGCUUGGAAGUGAGGAGAAGACUCUCGCUUCUAUAAAACAGUUUGCGGGUAUUCUCGUGAAGGAUCUUCGAAUUUCAGCUGGUCCCAAUAUUGAAAUUCUGAAACAAAUUGGAGUGCCGGAUUCAAAUAUUUUCAAAUAUCUUCAGUACCAGCCUAGAGUGUUCUUGAUAAAUCCCGUCCGAUUCAAGGAGACUGUAGAGAGAGUUACGGAAAUGGGAUUCAACCCUCAACAAUUGCAGUUUGUUGUUGCUGUUUUUAUUCUGCGAGCAAUGACCAAAUCUACAUGGGAUAAGAAGGUUGAAGUUUAUAGGAAAUGGGGAUUGUCUGAAGAAGAGAUCCUUUUAGCUUUUAGAAGGCAUCCGUGGAGUAUGAUGCGUUCUGAGGAUAAGAUUAAUGGUGCAAUGGAUUUUUUUGUCAACAAAAUGGGAUGCGAAGCAUCUUUCGCUGCUAGAAGACCAAUUUUACUUUCACUUAGUUUGAAGAAGAGGAUUUUGCCUAGAGGCUAUGUUUAUCAAGUGUUGCUGUCAAAGGGUUUGAUUAAGAAACACCAGAAUCUUAUUUUGUUCUUUGAGUCUUCUGAAAACUGUUUCAUAGAAAAAUUCAUUAACCCUCAUAAGGAGCAGAUUCCUGGAUUGUUGGAGUUGUAUAAACAGAAAUUAAUGGAUUCUAGAAGAUGAACAGGUUCCAUCUCCUUGAAAUUUAACUGAUUUGUUAGUUGAUAUGUCUAGUGACAACUAAAAUUUAUAUAUAUUGAAGAGUUUGUGUUUCUAGCAA